UGCAUGUUUAUGACGUAAUGACGUGCGCGCCAAAUUUUGUAGGGUUGACGGAAAGAUCUGUGGCUCGGUAAACGGGCUCUAAUAAAACCUUAGUAAGAUAGUUGUGUUAACUGUUGUGAUAACAGCAGUCUGGUGAGUUUUUGCUCCUAACCUCUAGCUCGAACUCGAACCAUGGGUUUGCUGGAACGCUGCGAGGAGCUGUUCAAGACCUCGAACCUGUAUGAGGUCCUCGGCGUCACCAAAGAGGCGUCGGACGGAGACGUGCGUCGCGGAUAUUACAAACUGUCCCUUCAGGUUCACCCUGACAGGGCACAAGGCGAUGAACUGGCAACCGAGAAGUUUCAGGUUUUGGGCAAAGUGUAUGAUGUGCUGAAAGACAAAGACCAAAGAGCCGUCUAUGACGAGCAGGGGACAGUUGAUGAAGAAUCCGACUGCAUGAACCAGGACCGCGACUGGGAAGAGUACUGGAGACUGCUCUUCCCAAAGAUCAGCCUAGAUGACAUCCUCCAGUUUGAGAAGAAGUACAAAGACACGGCGGAGGAGAAGGAGGACCUGAGCAGGCUGUACAUGCAGUACGAGGGCGACAUGGACCGCAUCAUGGACGCGGCGCUGUUCGCCGAGGACCAGGAGGAGCCGCGCAUCAGGGCCGUCCUGCAGGGCCUUGUGGAUGCGGAGGAGCUGCCCGCCUACAGGACCUUCACACACGAGAGCGCCAAGAAGAAGAGCAACCGCAAGCGCAGGGCUGAUAAAGAGAGGAAGGAGGCUGAAGAGAUGCAGAAAGAGAUGGGCAUUAGCAGCAAUGACAGUCUGGAGGCCCUCAUCAAGCGGAGGCAGAAGUCUAGCGAGCACGGCUUCAACUCGCUCAUCGCCGGCCUAGAGGCCAAGUACUGCCAGAGCGGAAGCAAGGGAGCCAAAGGAGCCGGCAAGAAGAAAGGGAAGAAAUGAUGGCGUGUGGCCGCCACGCCGCGCCCAGGGGUUAGCAGAGGCCGCCUGGUGUGCUCACUCCAGCAGGCUGGGACAACUCGUCUUACAACGUUUAAACAACGUUUACGGUUAUUUUGUCAUUAAAUUCCAGAGACGCAGAAAGAGGAGUGUGGUCUGUUGAGGCUGGGCUGUUGCUUUUGGUGGAGCAGUCGAGCGCUUACACUAACAAGUCUGCUUUGUCAAGGAGAGCCCCUGUGGACAGUGGGCCUCUCCGUCAUUGGGGCCUUAGACUAGGCCUAUGUACAGGUUUAUGAUUUCAAGUUGUACAUCUUCAAAGUUACUAUUUGACUUUGAAAUUAUAUUCAAUGCCGUUUUGAAAUGUUUUGCGUGUGGUUGUGUGUGUGUUCGUUCGGCUUUUCUAGAAGAUAAUUGAAGUAUAUUUUUUUUUUUCCCCUCCAACUGAAAAAGCUGCUCUAGCAUUCCUAUUUCUUGUCAUGGCACGUGUAUGAAGUUGUUUGAACAUUUAGAUGUAACAAAUCUGCCCAUUUCUUAUGAUUAUACUGUUUGUAAUGUGUUUUAAUUGUAAUGAUUAAAAAUUAUAUUUGAAAGUAGGCCUAUAGUGUCAAGUCAAUACAUGCUGAAAAACAUUGUGAAGGUACCAGUCAUCGCUUUAGAUACAGAAAGUAGGCCUACCUAAAUAUAAAACAUCAGUAUACUAAUUGUACUAUUUGAAUGUCAUGGUUUGUGGUUAUUAUUAUUUUGGUACAUUCUAAUUAGUAUAAUAGGCCUACUAUAUUUUUUUCUUUUUUUAGGUUCUGUGACUAAACUGAUAAUGUUAAUGUAGUGUAUAUUGCUUUGGACAAACCGCUUGGUACUCUAUAAACGUACAACGUCACGUAAGUAGAAGUGGCGUCUGCACCUUAAGUUUAACAGAUGUUUCGCUUGGUGGUAGCUCCAAAAUAAAUUUAAAUCACAGUGCACAUAAAGUUACAAACGUUUCGGGCCUUGCUCAUGGUGAUCUUUUUCUACAAUUUGAAAUAACUAUAACCAUAACAAAAUUGUAAUCAUGUGUGGUUAUCCAAAGGCAUAUUGAUUGACGUCAUAAUUUACAAGGAAGCCAAACAGUCGUCACAAUGGAGCCUGGCAAUAAAGUCUCGCGCAGGGACCAGAUUCGCACACAGCCCAACAGGUUACCCAUUAGACGCAGCCCUUGUGCAGUCUUCAACCUUUUCCUUGACGACUUGACAAAAUGUGGUCUCAGAAAAAGUACAUAGGUUCCACGAAGGAGAGGGAGGACCUUUGCCGUCUCUACAUUGAGUUCGACGGGGACAUGGACCGCAUCAUGGAGUCCGCUCUGUGCGCCGAGACCGAAGACGAGCCGCGCAUCAGAGAGGUUCUUCAGAGGCUCAUCGAAGCGCAAGAGAUCCCCGCCUACAGGGCUUUCACACACGAGAGCGCACAGAAGAGGCGCAACCGCAGAGGAAAGGUGGAGAUGGAGAGAGAGGAGGCUGAAACGAAACAAAAGGAGAUGGGUAUCACCAGUGAAGACAGCCUGACCGCUCUGAUCAAGAGGAAACAACAGUCCAAUGAACAGAAAUUCAACUCCCUCAUCUCUGACUUGGAGGAGAAGUACUGCGAGGAGGAGCCCAAGAGAAGCGGUGCCCAGUAAUAGCAGCUCCGCAUGCUUUGUGGAGACCCAGCCCAGCAGCCACCUUUAUUUUACAAUACACUUUCUGUGAGCAUAACCUA